ACAUCUUCAUCCCAUUAUCGAGGUGUAUGAUUGGUUUUUUUAACUUACAAGCUAAACGGACGCUUUUUUAGCGAAUUUAUUUUCAUCAGAAAGCUCUGUGAAAGCAAUGCUCAUAUCCAAAUAUGGAUAGUGACACCUGCCACGUGUCUCAGAAAGGCCAUGACGUUUUAAAAUGGUUUUCUCAACGUGAUAUUUAUUUUUAAAAAUUGGAAGUCUCUGGACGACAUUUGGAUCACGAGAAAAUUUUUCUCAGCGACUUAAGCGAAGGUCGUAGGAGGACUCUGCGUCAUAAUUUUUUUUUUCUCUGAAUUUCACCGUUUCAGUCAAAGUGAUUACCAGAAUCGAAAGUGUAUGUUCCAAACACAUGUAAAACCAUUAAACAAAAUAAUGGAUUUGAAAGAAACAGACAGAAAUCUCCGCCAGCCACGAAUUAACUACGAAGAAAAUCUUUACAAGAGAAUGGACGACUUUCGUCGACAGGAUAUAUUGUGCGAUACAAUUCUUCAAGUGGACGGACAAGAAUUCCCAGCGCACAAAAACGUCUUGGCGGCAGGUAGCGAGUAUUUCCUCGGCUUGUUUACAUCCGACAUGAGAGAAAAACAUCAAGAUGAGGUCAAACUCGAAGGAUUUCAAGCCUUUAUAAUGAAUGAUUUGCUCCAUUACAUAUAUACGGGAGAAGUUGAGAUAACUGAUGAGAAUGUCAAAGAACUGGUUUUCGCUGCGGAUUACCUGUUAAUCACAAGCUUGAAAGUUAAAGGGAGUGAAUACCUAGAAGGGAUUUUAAAUCCUUCAAAUUGCCUGUCAAUGAGAGCGUUUUCAGAGAAAUUUGAUUGUGAAGAACUCAUAGACAAGUCUGAGAACUUUAUUCUUGAGAACUUCGUGGCUGUUUCGAAAUCAGAGGAAUUCCUGCAUCUUCGUCUCUGCGAAACUGAGAAACUCAUUUCCUUAGACGAUAUCAUUGUCGAGACAGAGGAGCAGGUGUACGAAGCGGUCAUUUCGUGGGUCAAACACGACGAGGAUAAAAGGAGAGAGGAUUUCCCGCGGUUGCUUUCUAAGGUUCGCUUGGGUUGCAUGUCAAAAUAUUACAUAGCAGAAUACGUUGAAACGGAAGAACUGGUAACCAACAACCUCGAAUGCACAAAGCUUCUUUACGAAGCUAUGAAGUCAUAUGCGUUACACGGACCUCAAGGACACCCAAUCAGGGAUAUCUGCAAGAUACGGAAAUGUUUGAAUUUCAAUGUAGACGCCAUCAUUACCAUCUGGGGACCUGGAGACGAACUGCGUUCCUCGACUCAGUGUUACGUGCCAUCUGUCAAUCAGUGGUACAAUUUGGCGCCAAUGUUAAUCCCGCGCUUCAGUCACGGUGCUGUGGCGUGCGAGGGGUUUAUUUACACAGUGGGAGGAGUCUCCCUUAAUGGACAUCUGUCAAGCAUGGAGAGAUAUGACUACAGAACAAACACUUGGGCAGGAGUAGCACCAAUGGCUAAGGAAAUCUCUGCCCUUGGUGUGGCCGAACUUAAUGGAUAUUUAUAUGCAGUGGGUGGCUGGCACAGAGGAAGACCGCUUAACUCCGUUUUGAGGUAUUACCCGAACUCAAAUAUCUGGGAAGCGGUCGCCCCCAUGACAUCAAACAGAGGUGGUCCAUGUGUCGUAUCAGAUAAAUACCUUUACGCCAUCGGUGGAAAAACAGAAAACAACAAUGCUAAUGACCCGUUCAAGUAUCUGAGCACGGUUGAAAAAUAUGAUCCCAGAACAAACACCUGGACCAUGACUACGCCAAUGCAGGCCCGUAGAGCAUACGCAUGCGGAGUGGCUGUCGGAAGAAAUCUUUACAUAGUAGGAGGAACACAAGAUGAUUUGUACUCGUCACACAGCUCUUGUGAGGCUUUUGACAUAGAGAAUAACACCUGGACAUACAUAGCUAAUCUGUGUAUAUCAAGAGCGUUAGCAGGGAUAGCUUUUGUAGGAAAUCAUAUCUAUGUCCUCGGAGGAAAGAAAAAUUCCCGUGAAAGAACGGACAAAGUAGAGUUUUAUGAUAUCGAUCUUGACGAGUGGAAGGUUGUGGGGUCGGUACCUAACUGUAUGGGGGGAAUACAAUGCUCAGCUGUUUCCCUUUCCACCCAAUUUCUCAACUCUCUGACGAAGAUUACAUGAGAUUUAUUUUUGUCUUUCUGUAUACCUCUGACAAUAACAGGCUAUCUUUUAACGUGACAACCUCUCAACUUCUCUCUAAUUAUCGAACUGCUUUUUGAGAUUAUAACCCUUUUUUCAUAGGUGCUGCAAGAGCGUUCUGCUAAACAAUCGCAUGGCUCUCGUGAGAGCAAAAUUCUCUGAUGCGUAAUCACGUAAUUGUACUUUAGACUUAGAUACACGACCCCAUAAGCACUAGCUUUAACUAUCAUCAUGCCGAAAUAAAGUGGAUGUGUGUAUGUAUGCAUAAGGAGGCAUGGACAUAACCUUGAAUGAGGACUGAUGACUUAGCUAUUUACGCUCGUCGUCAUUUUCAACUUAGAGCCGUAACCGUUUUAAUGAAAAACCCAAUCAUUUUGGAACAACGAUUUUUCGAAACUUGAAAACAUAAAAAAGAAUGAUGGUUCUUUUUGUACGGGGCCUGAAAUAUAAAUAUCACAGGGUGGUCUUAAACUACGUGAAUGCCGGCAUGUAUAGAAGAAAUUAGGUAUUAUUGGCAAAGCUAUGAAAUCUCUAUAUAAGAGUAUUUAUGUACAUAAGCAUGAAAUGAGUCCAAAUAACCAGUCAUAGAGUAAAAUUCGAUGAUUUACCUUUUAUAGCGAGGCAUAUGAGACGAACACUAAGAUUUACUGAUUAUUAAGAGCGUCCUAAUAGAUGUAUAGUUUAAAAAAGCGACAUAGGAACAACUAUGUUUUGAAGUACCCACAAAUUAAAUGAGAAACUGUUAGCGUCACCUAAUAAAAAAUGAUGAUUAAA